GAGAGAGAGCAUUGGUGGAGAGAGACUCAUAGACACACAUACACACACGAACAAGGAGCUGCGGUGUGAAGAAAGAAGCCCUGACUGGCAGACCCUACCAACUAUAACUGUGACAUCAUUCACUUCGUCAAACCUGGUGGUGGAGAGAGUGAGUGGCUGCUAUCAAGAGGACCUGUUUGUAAGCUGAGGAAAACUGUUUAGAUCUCACCCUUUGCCUUCUAAGACUGGACUAUCCCUCAUCACAGUGCACAGUUCCUUCUGGACAGAAAGGAGAGGGGAGGAGGGCGGCUUGUCCAUUAUGAACGUCACCUCGCUUUUCUCUUUCACCAGCCCAGCGGUCAAACGGCUGCUGGGAUGGAAGCAGGGAGAUGAGGAGGAGAAAUGGGCAGAAAAGGCUGUGGAUGCUCUGGUCAAAAAACUGAAAAAGAAGAAGGGAGCCAUGGAGGAGCUGGAACGGGCGCUCAGCUGCCCGGGUCAACCCAGUAACUGUGUGACGAUCCCUCGAUCCCUGGAUGGACGGCUGCAGGUGUCCCACAGGAAAGGCCUACCGCAUGUCAUCUACUGCCGGGUGUGGCGCUGGCCCGACCUGCAGUCCCACCACGAGCUGAAGGCCCUGGAGUGCUGCGAGUACCCCUUUGGCUCCAAACAGAAGGAUGUGUGUAUCAAUCCCUACCACUACAAACGAGUGGACAGUCCAGUACUGCCGCCGGUGCUGGUACCAAGGAACAGCGAGUUUAAUGCCAAGCAUACGAUGUUGCCCCGCUUCCGCAACCCUCUACAGCAGAAUGAGCCGCACAUGCCUCAGAACGCCACCUUCCCAGAGUCCUUUGCUCAGGCCAACACGAUGCCUUUCCCACACUCUCCAGGAAGCGGCAGCAGUGGCACCUUCCCUCAUUCACCAUCCAGCUCUGACCCUGGCAGUCCAUUCCAGAUGUCAGAGACUCCACCUCCUGCCUGCAUGCCUCCAGAGGAGCCGAUGACUCAGGAUUGUCCGCAGCCAAUGGACACCAACCUCAUGGCUCCAUCUUUGCCUCUAGAGAGUAACAACCGUGCUGAUGUGCAGCCCGUGGCAUAUGAAGAACCGAAGCACUGGUGCUCUAUUGUUUACUACGAGCUCAACAACCGUGUUGGAGAGGCGUUCCAGGCGUCCUCCACCAGUGUGCUCGUCGACGGCUUCACAGAUCCCUCCAACAACCGCAACCGAUUCUGUCUCGGCCUGCUCUCUAACGUCAACCGCAACUCUACCAUUGAGAACACCCGGCGGCACAUUGGCAAAGGAGUUCAUCUGUAUUAUGUUGGAGGCGAGGUGUACGCAGAAUGCCUGAGCGAUAGCAGUAUCUUCGUCCAGAGUCGUAACUGUAACUACCACCAUGGCUUCCAUCCCACAACUGUGUGUAAGAUUCCUAGUCGCUGCAGCCUGAAGAUUUUUAACAACCAGGAGUUCGCUGAGCUGCUGGCCCAGUCUGUCAAUCAUGGCUUCGAGGCUGUUUAUGAGCUCACCAAAAUGUGUACCAUCCGCAUGAGCUUUGUUAAGGGCUGGGGAGCAGAGUACCACCGCCAGGAUGUGACCAGCACACCCUGCUGGAUUGAAAUCCACUUGCACGGUCCCUUGCAGUGGUUGGAUAAGGUGCUAACACAGAUGGGAUCUCCCCACAACCCCAUAUCCUCCGUCUCCUAGGCUUCACUGUCUUUAGCCCUGUGGCUGUCCAUACCCCAGCAUUUUGGUCAAAGUAGCAAGAAUAGCAGCUAACUGGUUCCAGACUGGUUUGUGGUUCAGUCACUAACUGGUUUUGACUAAAACACAAGCUGAUCUGGGACCAGCAGGGUGGGGGAGGUUGUUGUAUAGGUUGGUUUGUUCUCUACUUGAAGGACGUCUGAAUUGGGCACAUUUGCAGACUGGAAGAGGAUAAGCAAAGUGAGCGUGAUGCAACUGGAAGAUACUUGAUCUUUGUGACCAACUGUAAUAAUUAGACCAUCACUCUCAUCGUAACACAAGUAUCCUCCCACUUGCUCCGACAAUGUCUCUUUUUCAUUGUUAUAUUAUUCUGACUCAUAACUAGUUUGCAUCUAAAUAUUCCCAUAGAAAUCCACAGAUAAAUGUGUAGUUACAAUAAUUAUGGGACAUUCCAAGUCACUGAAAUUGCAGUCGGUCACCAUUUCCUGUCUUACUGUAGUAAGAUCAGCAUGAAAUGUACUGAAAUGUACACAUUUUUGAAGAUAGCAGCGACUUGGACGGUGACCAAUAUGACUGACAAAUAAAGCAUACCUCCACUUUCACAAAUAGGCCAUUUUUUCAAAAUGGCUUAGGUAUAAAUUAAAAGUAGUGCAAAGUUGACAUGAAAUUUAAAUAUGACAGAUUUGAAAUAUAAUAAAAUAACAAAAUGGGGGGAGUUUGAGAGUUUAGAGUGGAGCGUAGCACAGAAGGGGCAUUUCAGACAUUAAAGGCUAAUGCUUAAUUGUUGCUCAUCUUGUGUUACACUCGUGUUUCAAAUCAAUUUUAAGAAGAACAUAAUAGUGUUUAGACACAAUCACUAUUAGAAUAUGUGCUGUGCAGUCCGGUUUGGCAAAUCCUAGUUUGGUUAGUAUUUGGUGUAGUAUUUAAAACCAGUAGCUAUGCGUCACCUGAGGCAGAGGCAAAUGUAAAUGCAGUGUAGUUUUUCCAUUGCUGUGUUCUCAGCAAAAUCAAGUGUCAAAUAUUGAGUCAGAUGGAGCAGCAUAAAUAUGUCAUAUAACUAUGCUUUGUUCUCCUAUUAUAUUAAACAACACUUGUCAGCAUUCAAAUUCAAUUGUUGAAUGAUAAAGGGCGUCUCUUUUUGAAGACCCAGUUAGAUUUUUUAAAUGCCAUUGAGUUCUUCUUUGCUUGGAGCAAUCCUUUUUACUAUGAAACUGUUGUACUCUAUACAUUCUUUUUGUAUUUUUGAAUAUGUUUUGUUUUUUUUGUCUGCACUUUUACAUGUUGCCCUGGGAUUUAGGUUUGUUUUGUUUUUUUUCCCUUCAUCUACUUUUGCUCAGUGACGCUCCCAGAAAAGCAGUUUUAUUCCAUGAAUAUCAAGUCUCGACUGGAAGAUUCAAUAAAAUUGUUUCAUUACUUGUCAACA